GUAAUAAUUAACUGGAUAGUAUUCUUAUCUAUUACCUUGUGGCGGCCAAAACCUAAUCUAUUUCUGAUAAAACUAUAAUCAUACCUAAGGUAACUUGGUUGAUAACUUGUUGGUUCAUUUAAAUGGGCGGUGGUAAAUCUUUCUCUGGUGAAUUCCCCAGAAAUCUUGGAUAACGUUUCUGAACGCACCCCUACUUUCCAUAAAAUGAACUAAAUGAACAAAUGAACAAUGAACAUUGAACAAUAAUUCAGUAAAUUACACAAUAUUUAUUAACGUUUCCUGUUAAAAAUAAUUAUUAUAAUUUUUUUUGUAAAAUAUAUUAAACAAAAUUAUUUUUUUUUUAUUACCGAAAACAUCGUUGGGUGAAACGUAUUGUUAACGUUUGCUAUAAUAGAAACGUGUGUAAUGUGUUUGCAUCGUUACGUUGGCGUUUCGUGACGAGAGUCGAGACGACUCCCGACUAGUCCCGAGUAAACAACAAACAAAACAAUAAUAUUUCAUUGAACACUACAUGCUGCAAGUCGCGUUUCUAUUUUCACAUUUGUGAAGUUUGUCUUCGUUGAUAUAACGACUGAAUAUAAGAUAUAACUGAUAUAACUGUUCAUUUCCUACAUAAUAUAGGUAGUUUGCUGCUACUAUUAUUUGAUUUUUAUCAGUUUAAUACUGACAGUACUGUUAUGGUAGGCUGUGUACUUGGGAGUUUGUGAUUAAAGGGAUGCAAUUGAAAUUUAAACUUUUGUUGAAUGAAUGCAGUGUACUAAACCGACUCGGAUAUAUUUUUUUAUUUCUUAUUUACAUCAAUUAUACAUACAUCAUUUAAACAUAAUUUUAGGUGCAAAUGGCAUCAUUUAAUCAAAAUGUUGACGAAAAUAAACAGAAUGGUAAAAGGAAAUGGAAUGAAACGCACUCAGACAUGGAUCGAAAUUCUAAAGAAGAUGAGGACGAAAGCACAAGGACUGGUAAAUUAAAUUUGUUAUUAGUAUUAUAUAUGAUUAAUUAAUGCUUACAAUAAAGUAUUGACAGGUAAUACCACUAAUAACUAAAAAAUAAUAUUUUUAAUAAACAAAAAUAAAAAUACCUAGCAACUUCAAAUUUAUGUUAGGUACCUACUUACUUAAAUUUUUAUAAAUAUUUUAUUGAUAUAUAUUUAAAUAAAUAAAAUGUUAUAUUUUUCUUUACAUAGUUUGGUAGUGUGUAUUAUGUGCAUGUGUGUGAAUAACUUGAUAGGAGUUUAUUAAAUACAGUUAGUAUACCUACCUAUUAGUAUCUAGGUAUCUUUUUAAGUAUUUUAGGUAUAGUUGAUUAGACUUGUAUGAAUGUAUUUUCAAAUAAAACCCAUCAAACUAGUUAAGUACAUGAGAGCCAAGUAGGAUUAAAAAAGAUGGAACAGUCUAUACACCUAAUUAAUUAAUCAAGCUAUGCAUUUAUAUUAUCUCUGUCUAAAAAAUUAUAUUAAAGGCUAAUUUUCAUGUGAAUUAAAAUAACACUCAGGUACCUAAUAAUAUAUGUAGGUACUACACUUCACAAAUAUAAAUUAAAUUGCUCAGGUUUUAGGUUUUUGAAUGCAACUCCAAUUUAAGUAUUUAUAGAUUACAAUCAAUUUAUUAUUAAAAUCAUAAUAGGUUCCUAUAAUCAAAAUUUAACUUAGCAUUUGUUUACAAGAUUUAAUAAAUACAUAUUUAUUAAUAAAAAUUAAUAUGUACUAACUGUAAUAAUCUAGCUUCCAAUAAAGUAAAACUUAUUAAAUAUGUUUUAUUGUUUUAAUGUACUAUUCUAAUUUGUAUAAUAUGAUUAUUUGUUAAAAUGUAUACAUAUAAUUACUAGGUAGGUAAUUAUUUAAGUAUGCUGAUAAAUUUUAUGACCCACUUUUGAUGAAUGACUAUAUUAUUUAUGAUGGUUAUAGUAAUGAGAGUAGUUCUGAUGGUUAGCAUAUUGAACCAAAAAAAUCAAAAUAAUAUUCAUUACAUAGAGAUAUGUAAAUUUUGUAUAAUUUAUACCCAUAUUAAAUUAAUAAUAUAAAUAAAAACAGUAUAAAUGAAAUGCAUUUUAAAAGUGUUAUAAUUAUAAAAUCAAUUUAUUUGAAAAAUUAGCAACUGUUGGGUAUUGAACACAGAUCUCCUCAUUGCUAGCCCAGGUUAUGACCACUGCGCCUCACAUAAAAUUCAUUAAAAAAGGACUAAAUUACUUGUUUAGCUAACUAUGGAAAAAUUAAAAUUUAAUAUUGUUAUAACUCAAAAACUAAUGUUAUCAUUAGUUAAAUAUUUUAUAAAUAUUUUUAGCACCAUAAUUUUUAGUCUUAAUAUUGUACAAAUAUAUUAAAAAUAUUGUAUGAAUUAGUUAGUAGGUAUCUAAAGUCCAAUUAUCCCGAUAAUUAAUAAGAUAUUAUUUUACCUUAAUUUACUCAUGUUUUAAUUUCAAUUUAACUAUGGAAAAUAGGUACAUAGGUUUUCUAUAAAUUAUGAAAAAUAAUUUUGUUAAUUUAUUUAUCAUCAUAAAAUUGUUAGCCCUAGUAUUAUUAACAUUUUAAGUUGGGUAAGUAAUUAGUUUCAACUAUGGCGUAUCUGUAAAAUAGAUUAUAGUAUUAGGUAUGUAUACCAUUAACCAAAAUUUUGGACUGACUUUUUAAGAGUUUAAGCUAUGAAUUUAACUGAUAAUUUGUUGCUAUUCAUAAAUUAUUUAUAGCUAUUGUCUAUAUUAAUCAAGGAUAAUUUUAUCUUAUAUAACAGUAACAGUUUUACACUACAUGGUUUAAGCAACAUUAUUCAUCUUUGAUUUUUUUUUUCUUUUAAUUAUUUCUAUUGUUUAUUAGUAUACCAUAAAAUGUACAUCAUUCAUUUUUUUUAAUUAUACAAUGUGUACAAUGUACUAGGUUAGAUUUUACAUGUGUGUUUUUAAUAUUGAUGCUAUGUUGCAUGUCAUUAUGAGUACAAAAUAAAGUUUGCUUGUUAUUUUUGUAGAAGUUUGAAUUUAAUACUCUUUUACAAAGUAGAUUUUGAAAAUGUUAAAACUAAAAAGUCAAUAUUUAUUCAAUGUGUAUACUAUUACCUAUCCAUAAGUAGUAAGCACCCAAUUAAUAUGCAUAUUAAAUUAAAAAGGUAACAAAAAAAAAAAAAAUAGCCAUAGAAUAGAAUCUAAGCAUUAAGAAACUAAUGCAGCUAUUUCAAAUCUAAUGUAUAAAAUUAUGCAAUUGCAUUAAAAAACUAUUUGUUUUUAUAAAUUAAUAGGCUGCAUAAAUAUUUUUAAAGUAUUUAUAGGUAUCUUCCUAACAUUUUAUUAUAAGAAAAUGAUGAGAUAUAAUUGUAAAACUAAUAAUGAAUCUAAAAAUAUUAUUAAAAUAAAUUAAUAUGCUUAUAUUUAAAAAUUUGAUUCUAAAAUAAGUGACAGUUUUAAAAUUCAUAAGAUAAUAAUAUGGUACCUAGUGCUAUAUUUAUUUUUAGAUAAUAUUGAAUUACAUUACUUUUAAUGUUUUCUCAAUUAUUUGUUAUAGAUAUCUGAUUAUCAUUGUGAUAUUUAAAUCAAAUGUUACACAUUUAAAAUUUUCAAAAACUAUUGCAUGCUUAUUUAUUUGUUUGUUAAUGGUAAUCAAACUUUACAAUUUAUCAAUUUAAAAUAAUAAAUAAUGUACACUAAUUAUUAAAGCUUUUAACGUUCUUAAAUUUUGUAGAAAAUAUCAAGUUAAAUGCUUAUAUUUAAUAAUACACUUAAUUUGUACUUGUAUUUUUGCAUAUAUAAUUAAGUAUCUAUUUUAAAAUAGAUUAUAAUUUAAGUAUUUUUAUCAGAUAUAUUUGAUCAAAAUUGAAAGUUUAUAGCCAUAUUUCUGGGAUGUGAUUUUAAAAGUGAGUGUAUGUUUGAUUACAGUAGACCUACUUCUGUAGGUAGUUAAUUUUUUAGAUUACUUUAAAAUACUAAAACACCUCAAAUUUGUUUUAAUUUAUAAUUGAUAUCAAGUAAACAAAACAAAAACCAUAUAUUUUUAAUUGCAAAUAAAUACAAAUAAGUUUUUAUAUGAACAAUAUAAAAUGUGUCUAUUUCCUUAUUAAAAAAAUAAAUAAGUAUAAUAUAUUCAAAUAAUCCAUUUCAAUAAACAAUUUUAUUAUUUUAAAUAUCUUUUGACUAAAAUUUAAAAGUCAUAAUGUCUAUACUAAAUAUAUUAAAAGCAACUUUUUAAGUUGUCAAUUAUUCAUUAUCACUUAGGCUAAGUAAUUAAUUUUUACUUGGCCAUUAACACAAGUUUUGGUGGUUCCAUACAGAGAUGGAGCAAGGCUACCAGGAACUCUGCAAAACUCAACCAACCAUUCUAGUUGAAGAUUUCGAGCCAAUGAAGCCACUUGAAGAAGAAGAGUUAAUGGAAGCAUCUUUAACUACAGACCGUAAACAAGUUAUUGUUGGUAUAUGUGCCAUGAAAAAAAAAAGUUUUUCUAAACCAAUGAAAGAAAUUCUCAAUAGGCUUGCCGAAUUUGAGUAUUUAAAAAUGAUAGUUUUUGAAGAAGAAUUGUUAUUAAAACCUAUUGAAGAAUGGCCUAUUUGUGAUUGUUUGAUAUCUUUUCAUUCUAAAGGAUUUCCUCUUGAAAAAGCAAUAAAAUAUGCUGAACUGCGAAAUCCGUUGGUAAUAAAUCAUUUACCAACUCAAUACGCACUUCAAGAUAGAAGACAAGUGUAUUCAAUUUUAGAAUCUGAGGGAAUUUUGAUCCCUAGAUAUGCAGUUUUAGAUAGAGAGUCACAGGAUCCAAAUCUACAUGAAUUAGUAGAAUCAGAAGACCAUGUGGAAAUUAAUGGAGUUGUAUUUAAUAAGCCAUUUGUUGAAAAACCAGUUUCUGCUGAAGAUCAUAAUAUUUAUAUUUAUUAUCCUACUUCGGCUGGGGGUGGGAGUCAACGGCUUUUUCGAAAAAUUGGUAGCCGGAGUAGUGUAUAUUCUCCAGAAUCCAGAGUUAGAAAAACUGGAUCAUUUAUAUAUGAAGAUUUUAUGCCUACCGAUGGAACAGAUGUAAAAGUAUAUACUGUUGGUCCAGAUUAUGCUCAUGCAGAAGCACGUAAAUCACCUGCACUUGAUGGUAAAGUUGAACGAGAUUCUGAAGGUAAGGAGAUAAGAUAUCCUAUUAUCCUCAGUAAUUCCGAAAAAAUGAUUUCCCGUAAGGUAUGUUUAGCAUUUAAGCAAACUGUCUGUGGCUUUGAUCUUUUAAGAGCAAAUGGCAAAUCUUUUGUUUGUGAUGUAAAUGGAUUUAGUUUUGUUAAAAAUUCAAAUAAAUAUUAUGAUGAUUGUGCCAAAAUAUUAGGUAAUAUGAUACUAAGAGAGUUGGCACCUACACUUCAUAUACCUUGGUCAGUUCCUUUUCAGUUAGAUGACCCUCCAAUUGUCCCUACUACUGUUGGGAAAAUGAUGGAAUUACGGUGUGUUGUAGCUGUUAUACGACACGGGGAUCGUACUCCCAAACAAAAAAUGAAAGUUGAAGUUCGACAUUCAAAAUUUUUUGAUGUAUUUGAAAGAUAUGGGGGUAAAACUAAAGGAGAAGUUAAAUUAAAACAUCCUAAGCAACUUCAAGAAGUUCUAGAUAUUGCAAGAGCACUGUUAGAUGAAAUAGAGCAUCAUGAAGCCGAUCAAGAACUUGAAGAGAAAAAGAGAAAGCUUGAACAAUUAAAAAGUGUUUUAGAAAUGUAUGGUCAUUUUUCCGGAAUAAACCGUAAAGUUCAAAUGAAAUAUCAGCCUCAUGGGAGACCAAGAAAAGAACAAAGCAUCAAUUUUAAUCAAGACCCAUCACUGGUUCUUAUUCUUAAGUGGGGAGGUGAAUUAACACCUGCAGGAAGAGUCCAAGCUGAAAAAUUGGGACAAAUUUUUAGAUGUAUGUAUCCUGGAGGCCAGGGUAGAAAUUCAGAUACUCAAGGAUUGGGGCUACUUAGAUUACACUCUACAUUUCGUCAUGAUUUAAAAAUUUAUGCUAGUGAUGAAGGAAGAGUACAAAUGACAGCUGCUGCAUUUGCAAAAGGUUUGUUGGCUCUUGAAGGAGAAUUGACUCCCAUUCUUGUACAAAUGGUUAAGAGUGCUAAUACAAAUGGUUUGCUAGACAAUGACCGUGAUUCAAGUGAACAGCAGAAUAUGACUAAAGAACAGUUACACAAGUUAAUGCAGAAUGACCAUAUAUUUACUCCUGAAGAUCGAGCAAUGAUUAAUCCGUGCAAAGCCAUUAGUAUAGAUGAGGCAUUAGAUUAUGUUAAAAAUCCAGUUCAAUGUUGUGAAAUAGUGCAAGAAUUAAUACAGAAAUUAGUGGCUGUUGUGGAUUCUAAAAAAGAUGAUCCCAAAAAAGCAGAUACUGUACUGUAUCAUGGGGAAACUUGGGAACUUAUGGGGCAAAGAUGGUCGAAGAUUGAAAAAGACUUUUUUACUAAGAAUAAAAAAUUUGAUAUAUCAAAGAUCCCUGAUAUAUAUGAUUGUAUUAAAUAUGAUUUACAGCAUAAUCAAAGGACCUUACAGUUUGAAGAAGCCGAAGAAUUAUAUACAUAUGCUAAAUAUUUGGCUGAUAUUGUCAUUCCACAAGAGUAUGGGCUGGAUGUUGAUGAAAAGGUUACCAUAAGUCAAGGAAUUUGCACACCAUUGCUGAGAAAACUUAAAUCUGAUUUACAACGAAAUGUUGAAGAACCAUGUGAAGAAGUUGAAGACGAUGAAACCGUAAAUAGAUUAAAUCCAACAUAUUCGUAUGGUGUACUAAGUCCUAGAAGACAUGUUAGAUCACGUUUAUAUUUUACUAGUGAAAGUCAUAUACAUUCAUUAUUAUCUAUUUUGAGAUUUGGUGGUUUGUUAGAUAUGAAUAAUGACGAACAAUGGGGUCGAGCAAUGGAGUAUGUAAGUAUUGUUUCAGAACUCAAUUAUAUGACACAAAUAGUGAUAAUGUUAUACGAAGAUCCUACUAAAGAUGUAAAAUCCGAAGAAAGAUUUCACGUAGAAUUACAUUUCAGUCCUGGUGUUAAUUGUUGUGUAAGGAAAAAUUUACCACCCGGUCCUGGUUUUCGACCACAAACCGGUAGUAAUUUCAAAACCAAACAGAAAGAUUAUGAAGAAGACGACUCUUUAGACGAAGAUGAAGGUCAUAGUAGAUUUUCUGUAACUGAACCACAAAUUGAAGAAGAUCAUAGCCGUUUUUCUAUUACUGAAGAUGAUAAAAAAGAAUCUUCUGAAACCCCUCUAUUUUCUGAAGAUGAUACUUGUGAUGGACCUCCUAAGUUCAAAUUUUGUCAACCUCAAAAUGCUACUGCCAAGAGACAUUGUUACUUUUCACAUUUGUUUUCUGCAUCGCCACCAACCAGUAGUUUGUUUAGUACUGCUGUGAUUAGUGGUUCAUCCAGCACCUCAGAUUUACAUGAUUUAAUGACUGGGCCUUCAGGCUAUGCUGGAUCAAUAAUUGGUUGUGAUGGGGUUCCACCAAUAAGGCCUUUAGAAACUUUGCAUAAUGCAUUGUCUUUGAAUCAAGUAAUAACUUUUUUUGAUAAGGUCAUUAAUAAUCAAGAACCGAGUUCACCAGAAAUUUGGCCAUAAUGUUUUAAGGAUAUAAAUUUGUUUAUUUAUACUAAUAUUAAAAUGUAUUAUUAUUUGGUUAGAAUUAUUAAGUAAAUGAUAAAUACAAUCUCGAAAAUUAAUAUUGUGUACUUGAUAAUUGAACAGUGUAUAGAUUAAAAAUAUUUAACACCAAUCAUUUUUAAACUUAGUACUUAUUACAUUUAUAAAAUAUGUUAUUUACAAUUUACAAACCUAUGAAUGUAUACCAAUCUAUAUGCAUUAUAAUAAUUUAAAUGUAUAUUUGCCAACGGUUCUCAAACUUUUUUUGUCAAAGCCUUUAGAAUUUAUAUAGCUUUAUAUUUCAUAAGAUAAGGCAAUUAAAUAAUUACUAUGAGUAAUAAUACAAAUAUAUAUAUAUAUAUAUAUAUAAGAAGAGGUUUAGUAUUAUAUUUAAAUGAUUAAAUAAUGCUAUAGAAUUUAUAUUUAAAAAUUAAAACAAAUUAGAUAUUUUUUUAGAAAAUAUGGGUUAGUUCUAAGUAUUGUUUGAGAGUCGUUAUACUAAAGAAUAUUAUAGUAAUAUUGAUGUUUACAAUGUUGAAAUUGUAAGUUAGCGCAAUAUUAAUUAUUUUAAGUACCUGAAGUUGUAAAUAUUUUAUUUUGUUGAAUAUUUUUGUGGACCAUAAAUAUAUAUUUAAUUUGUUUAGCAAAUUAUUAUGAUUUUUUUUAUAUAUAUAAAUUGUAUAAAGGUAAUAUUAAUCCCUUAUUAUUUAUUACCUAGUUAUUAAUACAACUUCUCCAUACUUUGCAUACUAAAGUUAUUUUUUAAUAAGUUUUUUUAUUCUUUAUUAUGAUUCUAAUCACUUGCAUUGAUACGGAUCUUUGUAAAUUUAUUUUAAAUAACUUAUAAAUAUUUAAUAGGCACUAUAAUAUAUAUUUAUAACACAUUUUUUAAUAUUUGUUAACUAUCACUAGUUACAAUAUUUUAUAGCGGAAACUUGUACAAUAUAGUAUUGUUUUAUUCGGAUAUUAUAUGUAUUUAUAAAUUUUCAACUCGGUAACAACAGGCCUGGAUUUGAAUGAAUAUCUGAUGACUAAAGAUAAUACAUAAAGAGAUGAUAUUAAAUUAUUUAAUUAAUGCAAACUAAAAUUUUAAGUUUGAAGUAUGUACAAAAUCGUUGACAAACUUUAAGUUGGUAUUAAUUUUUUAAAUCUUAUAAUACUUACUUAUUGUUUUUUUAAUUUUUUUGGCCAGAGUUAAGAAAAUACCCAUAUAAUCUUUAAGUAAAAUUUUAUAUUUCUCUUUUUAAACAUGCCAUAAGAAAAUGCAACAAAAUUUAAAUUUAAACCUAAUCUACAUACAGUUCGUGUACAAAAUAAUGAUGAUAAUAAUAAUAAAAUAUAUUUUUUAGUACAAAGUUAUGUUUAAUAAAAUUAUACAAAACCAAUUACUGAAUUAUCAUUUCAACAAAUACUAACAAAUUAUGGCUCAUAAAAAUUUGCAAGUUGCAAGAAAUGAAGAAAAUAAAUUAUGACUCUAAAACUAAUUUGUCUAUUUAUACAUUAUAGAAAAAAUAAAAAUAAGAAGUACAUUUUAUAAAAAUUAGAUAUUUGCUUUUAUGCUUUUAUAUCUAGGAAGUGGAUAUUAAAAAAAAAAAACAAUUUGAGAAUUAAUUAAAUUUGUUUAGAGUAUUGUUGAGUAACAUUUUUUUGUAGGCAAAAUAUUAUUAAAUAAAUAUUUGCCAUAGGUGUUUAAUUGUAUGUAAUUAGAUAUAUUUUAAAUAACAUAAGUUUUUGUAGAUAUCUACAAAUGUAUAUUAAAAAAAAGUAAAAUACCAAUUUGAAUAAAAAAAAUUUUAAAAACUGCUCAUUAAAUAACUAUAGAAAAAAAAACAAGCUAGAGUAUUUUAGUCUAGUAAUGUAGUAACUGUUUUACAUUGGACAGUCACAGUAAAGUUCUGUAAUUUUAAAAUUUGCAUUCAUUAUUAUUUAUUAUGUAGUGAAUGACAAAUGUAAUAAAAAUAAUUAUUUAUUAGUAGAUUAUGGGAAUUCCAGUUUGGUCAUCGUUUUUAUUUAUGCUAUGUAGAGAAAUCUGUUGUUUUUUUUUUUCAUAUAAUGAGUGAAGGUUUUUUUUAUUAAAUUAAACAAAUAAAGUAAUACUAUUAAAAUAACUUAAUUUUGAGUAUUUAAUUUAAUUUUUGUUUAAUGGAAAAUGUGAACUUAUCAAUGGAAUGUACAAUCUGCCAUUAAACAAAUGGUACACUACCCUUUAAAUUUUGUAUAAUUUUUAUUUGUUUAAAAAUCAAUUUUAAUUUAAUUUUUUAUUGUUUUAGAUCAUUGGGUGAAAAAAGUGCAUCGUUUAUGCCCGUAUUUAGACACAAUUAACCGUCAGGUUUUGGAUUUUGAUUUUGAGAAAUUGUGUUCUGUAUCAUUGUCGCGAAUCAACGUAUAUGCAUGUUUGGUUUGUGGCAAAUAUUUUCAAGGUAAUAUCAAUAUUUAUGAUUUUAAUCAUUUUUUUUUUUUUUUGGACAUGCUCCAAUCAAAAUAAUAAUGGUAUAUAAUUAUAAUAAUAAUAUGUUCUAUUCAUCACUGCAGGUCGUGGCACUAACACCCAUGCCUAUACUCACAGUGUCGCCGAAAGUCAUCAUGUCUUUUUAAAUUUACAAACCUUGAAGUUCUACUGUCUGCCUGACAAUUAUGAAAUAGUUGGUUAGUAUAAUAACUUAAUACACUUACCUACCUGCUCCAUCUAUAUCAUGUAUAUUUGCAUAAGUAUUAUUAUGAAAAUUUGUUCUUAUCCUAUUAUGAAUAGAUUCUUCGCUGGAUGAUAUUAAAUAUGUACUGAAUCCAACUUUUACGUCUAUACACAUCGCUGAACUCGAUAAAAGUGAUAAAUUGUCCCGGGCAAUUGACGGGACACUAUACUUGCCUGGUAUAGUGGGCCUAAACAAUAUCAAAGCAAAUGACUACUGCAAUGUUAUUUUACAAGCACUUUCAAACGUGACUCCAUUGAGAGAUUAUUUUCUGGAUGAAAAAAACUAUGCAAAAGUCAAACGGCCACCUGGGGAUAGUGUAUUUUUGUUGGUGCAAAGGUUUGGAGAACUCAUGCGAAAAUUGUGGAACCCGCGAAAUUUUAAAGCGCACGUAUCGCCUCAUGAAAUGUUACAAGCAGUUGUAUUGUGGAGUGGCAAAAAAUUCCAGUUUACAGAACAAGGUGAGCAUAAAAUUAAUUAUUAAAAAUAUAUAUAUCUAUUUUUUUUUUUUUUUUGUUUAUUAAAAGUUAUGGGAUAAUACCCUCAAGUCCAAGCGAUUUUAAAUAACCAAAAACAAAACCAUAGAAAAUAAAUAAAUAAUCUUUCAUUAUCUAUGAACUAAAGAGUAUUUAUAAUGAGUCCAGGACUUUUCAGAGCUGCGGAUUUGGCGCUGCUAUUUUGGCGUUGCCGUUUUGACGAUAAAGCCAAAUUACAUGCUACAGUGAAAAUUGUUUUCAUUGGUAAUUUUAGUAUAAAAUAAUAUGUAAUUAAUAGUCAAAUAUUUUUAUUAUAUUGAUGAUAUAAUUCAAAUAAUAAUAAUUAUAAUAAACGUCAUUUCAAAUUUUCUCAGAUGUUGCUUAUAUCAAUUUAGUGUUAAUUACAAACUAAAUAUUUGUGGGUUUUAUAAAAAAACAUAUAGAUAAAGUAAAUUUUUUCAUUAUAUUAAUAUAUCAGAUGCCAAUAUGUCAUAUGUGCAAAUAUGACUGUAUUGAAUUUUGAGAAAAUGGUCGCUUACACCUUUUAACAGCCUUCUAAUAAUCAAAUUAUUAAAAUGAUCUAUUAAAAAAUUGUAAUAUAUGUAAAAUUACCAAAAUUGAAUAGCAUUAAUAAAUAAGUAGUAAUUAAAAUUAAAAUUGUCCCUAUUCAUUGGUUAGGUAUUAAUUAUUCUUUUAUCUUAGGUGAUCCAAUUGACUUUUUAUCGUGGUUCUUGAAUUCUUUACAUAGAGCAUUAAAUGGCAAAAAAAGUCGAAAUUCGAGUAUUGUUUACAAAACGUUCAUGGGUAGUAUGCGUGUAAAAACACGUAAGAUUCCCCCUGUUGAAUUGGAUGAAAAACAAAGAUUUAGUUUGUUGUGUACUGACGAAUAUGCUGAACAUGUGUCCGAAUCACCAUUUCUUUACUUAACUUGUGAUUUGCCACCACCACCGUUGUUCAAGGAUGAAGUCAUGGAAAACAUAAUUCCUCAAGUAUACUUAUAUAAAUAUAUGUUAUUUUGCACACAUAUACACAAAUAAUAUAUAACAGAAAUACAACCACAGUGUGAUGACUGAUGAUUGUAUAAUUCACUAUAUUUAUUAUGACUGACUAAAUUGUUUUUUAGGUCAGUUUAUAUUCCCUUCUGACCAAGUUCAACAAUGAAUCGGAAAAAGAGUAUAAAACUUAUAAGGAAAAUUUUAUGAAACGGUUCGAAAUCACACAACUUCCGCCGUAUUUAAUUUUGUACAUCAAGGUAUUAAUGAUAACUUAGCAAAUCUAUUAUAAUGACUAAUUGAUGUUGUGCUUGACUUGGAAAAAAAUUGUAUGGCUUUAUGAAAAUGAUGAUGAUCUAUAAAAAAUGUGUGUUUCUGACAGUAUCAAUUACUUAACAUACCAUCUUAUACAAUCCAAUUAAAAAAGUAUAUUUAAAAAAAAAUUAAUUAGGGUGUUCAAUCCCUUACACCUUUCCCUCAAGUCAAGUGCUGUUUAAUAAUCAAUGUUAUUCUUUUGUAUGUAUUUAACCUUGAAUAUUGUUUCAGCGGUUUACAAAGAACACAUUUUUUGUUGAAAAGAAUCCUACCAUUGUAAACUUUCCUGUGAAGUAUGUAUAAUAAACAUUAUACACCUUAUAUAAUUAUUUACUGAUUUCUCAAAAAUGAAAAAAAAUCAUACUAUACUUCAUGUUUAUACAAACAUACCUAUUUUCAGGAAUGUAGACUUUGGGGAUAUACUAACUCCCGAGGUGAAAGCGAUGCAUAAAAAUACUUCCUAUGAUUUGAUUGCAAACAUUGUGCAUGAUGGGGAACCGAAUAAAGGAACAUAUCGAGUACAUGUACUGAAACAAGGAAAUAGUAAAUGGUAUGAGAUGCAAGAUUUACACGUAAAUGAUAUACUUCCGCAGAUGAUUACCCUGACUGAAGCAUAUAUUCAAGUAAUUAUUAUUAAAACUGUUUGUUGAUCAAGACAAAAAAAAAAAACAACUGUAUAAUAUAUAAUAGUGUUAUGAACAAUUUACUAAUGAUGAAAAAUAUUUUUCAGUCAAGUUUUUAAUUUUUAAUUUUGAACUUUGAAUUACUGAAUACAAACAUUUUAUGAAUUGCUGAAGGUAUAAUUUUUUUUUUUUUUUUUUAAUGCUGGCAUUUUAUAUAAUCUGGUAGUAUGAUAGUAUUGUUUACAAAAUUGUAUUAAAUUUGUUCUUUGAUUUUUUGAUAGAUAUCUACAAACUUAUAUAGGAUAGAUAAGGGCGGCGUAUGGCAUUACAUUUUUAUGAUUUAAUUCUUAGGUCAGAAUUGGAUUUUUAUUUUUUUUUUCUUAUGACCACAUAUUUUAGUUUUGAAAUGUACAAAAUAAUAGGAUAUUUGUUGAUCAUACACAUAAUUUGCCUAAUCAUCUACGUAAAGUCCAAUACAAUACCAAUUUUAUAGAUACAUAUUAUAAUAAUGUUGACAAAUAAAUUAAUUCUUCACAUUGGUGUGCAAUAUGUUAUUUAAUGAUUCAUAAAAUUAUUUGCUAUACAGGGAAAAAAUGUAAUCUGAACAAGAUAAGAUUAUUAAAAACUUAAUAUUUAACCCAUAGGUAUGAUAUGGUAGGUACAAGUAUUAUAGUAUUAUUAUAGUAUUAUUAUCAGUAACAUGCUCUAUAGGUAUAUUAUAAUAUCAUGUUGUAGAUAAGUACAAAUCGUAUAAAAUGUGAAUACGCAAUACCUAUGUACCUACUUGAAGAUAUUAUAUAGAGAUUUUGAAUGGCAUCUAAUCGAUGGGAAACAUGAUACGGUAUAAAUCCAUACAAUAGGUACAAACAAAUUAUUAGGUUAAAAUAUAAAAACAAAAGAAUAAACAAUAUAUUACCUGUUCACAAUGCAAUUAUUCUUAGGUUUAGGAGUUUUUUAGAUAAUAAAUUGUUGUUUAAUAAUAGCAGAUCAUUACCGUUGAACUUGUUGUUUUUGAAAAUACUUAUUGCACACAUUUUGCCUGUGGUUCAAACUAUUUUUGUUUUAUUUAGUUUCUAAAAAUGAACAAUAUUAUAGCAUUGUUAACCAUUAUUUCCUUAGAAAUUUCACAACAAAUUUGAUAUUAUUAAUCUAUAAAAUACUGAUUUAUAAAGAAAAUUUGAAUUAUAGUAGACAAAUAUUUUUUGUGGUCCUACCCCCUCAACAUAAAAAAACCAAAUAUGGUUGAUUGCAAAUCCAUUCAUCUAACACAAUAUAAAGAAGCGAUUGCAGUCAUGUUAUUAAAUGUUAUUGAAUAAUACUAAAAAAAAAACUAUGUUAUUGGAGUCUGGAUAUUAUACUGUUAAAAGUUUUAAUAAUAUAUUGUAUUUUUUUUCCAGAUUUACAAGCUCAGAAGUGAUAAAUAAUUUGUACAUUUGAUUUGGAAAUAAAUUUUAUUUAUUUUAAAUAAUUUAUUAGUGUCAUUUUUAUAUGUAUUUCAUUCAUUUAAGAAAUUGGCAAAUAAAAAUAAAUUAAAUUAUAUUAAUGUGUUUUGGAUACCUAGUAAUAUUGUGUAAAAAUAUAUGUAAGCAUAUUCAUAUAUAUGUUUUAAAUAGGUACCUAUUAAAAGUAACUCAUUCAAUUUUGCAUGUAUGAAAAUAUAAUAUUGUAUUGUGCAAAUUUUAUUUCAUAAAGAAAAAUUACAUUGAAUAUUGUUUCCGAAACCAUAACAAUAUAACACAUUUAUUAUUCAUGGCCUUAAUAAUAAUAAUGGUUUUCUUACGAGUGAAUUCCCGAGUAAGUGUUAUCGGACAAACAAAUCAUAUAAUUACGGUUUGUUCGAGUUUCUGUAUAAUUAUUAAAAGCCAAUUGAUUAUUAUUAAACAAUAUAACAUUGUACUAGUGUAUAAUUUGUGUAGAUCAAUCUUUAUUCAUCUAAGUGCUGUAUGUAUGUUUUUUACUUUUUUUUAUUAAUAAGUAUUAUUAGAUACCUAUUGUACUAGUGUAAGAUUAAAACAAAUGUAUUUUUAAUAUUUCCUCCUUUGUUUGAUUAGUCUUUAAUUUAAAACCAUAUUUUUCGAUUUGUUUGACGUACAGAA